ACUAAGCAUGCUGUGCAGACGAGGAAAAGGCAGCAGAAGAUGUUAAGAUUUGCAGUUCUUGUGGCUGACACAUCUUCACUCAACUGUUAGAGGACAGAGCAAAAUAUUUGAUCUUUUUGCACUAUAGAGGACAAACAUAUCAACAAAGAGGAAUUUGGUGAAGCAAAAGAAGACUGCGUUGUAACACCAUCCUAUAGAUAAUCAGAUUUGAACUAUUUUUUUACUAUUUUUCAGUCUUUUCUGCCAGCAUGGUACACUACCUCGGUGACGUUCCUCAAGGAUUUAUCAAAAUCAUUACAAAGUCUAUGGGAAUGUUUCUGCUCAUAGCCCUCUUCUUCAUACUGCAGUACUUAUUCGAUAUGGAUUUCCGUUGCUCAUGCAGACCAAGUGGACAUCUAGAUGAUGUAGUGUUCAUGGCUGCCCCUCCUUUGAUCCUCACCUCGAUUGUCACCUUAAUUGAGUCCAUCUACCAAAUGGGGAUUUUUUGUCGCUGCUGUAAAUAUUGGGUCAACAAUUGCUGCACCUCUUUUGUGAAGUUUUUGAUGAAAUAUCUUUUUCUGACUGCUGUUUGGACGUCCACGGUUCUGUUUGAUGGAGAUUGGUACUUCUGCCUGCAAACAAACCUCAAUAGCUCUCAGACUGGGAUUCCUUGCAGGAAAACUCUGACCUACGAGGAGACACUCAUCGAAGCCAGUUAUAAGAAUGAUUCACGUGCCGUUGGUUUCAGUGUACUCUCUGGAAUUCUUUUGCUUUGGAUCUUCAUUGAUGUUAUAAAAGCCUGGGGUAUUAGAUGGAGUAUGUGGAAAAGGAGCUCUGUGUCUGGAUACAACCUGUGCUGCCCUCCCUACUACAGAUGGGUUUAUGAAGGUCUUCUGUCAGAGGAGGUGAGCAGUCUUUUGAAAGACGAGCUAAGAAAAAUAGCAAAAGAAAGAGCAAAAAAACUCUGCGCAAAACAUCUUAUGACUAUUCGUGAACACGAGACGCAGGGACAAUACCCAGAUGGCACCAGCGGCAAUAUUCCCGACGAAAAUGCACAUGGUGGUAAUCCUAACGGCAGUGGCAAUCCCACUGAAAAUGAAGAUGACCAUCUCGAUGACAACUCUAGUGAAAGUGUCACUGAAGAUUCCAAUAGUCAUCUCAUUCCUGAGAAUGAGAAUAAUGAGCAAGAUAACAUUUUUGAUACCUGGCAGAAGAUUUCACUCUCAUCUUUCUACAUGUUGAAUGAGGGGGUUUGAGUUUGAAAAAACCAUGAAGGGAGAUUGAUUCUGAUGAGCAACAACUGUAUUAUAUUGCUAUAAUAAUCAAACAAUGUCAUGGAUCCAGUGCCUUCAAGAAACAUGCCAGUAUAAAAGGUACACUGUCGUGUUUUUAUAGCAGGGCCAUGGAGCAAUGAUAGGUUUUUAAAUUCGUUCCAAUGUAAACAUCAAAAAUAACUGAAAAUAAUUUGUAAAUAAUAACCAAUCCAUCAUAAAAACAUGUGCAAGGAAGACAAGAAACCCCAAGUGGCUUAUAAAGUGUCUCCUUUUAAAGGAACAUGCCGACUUAUUGGGACUUUCACCGUAACCCCCAGAGUUAGA